GAUUCUUAAGUGUGCAGUGUGCAAAGAGUAGUAAUCUCUUUUAUGUGUUUGCUGAAGCACGCUGAUUUGUUUCCACUUGUUCCUAGCUGGCUGGUGUUAGGACCCAGAAAAGAGACAGCAGCAACGUGAUAUAAAUAGAGUACCAGAAUGGGACAAAGUUUGAGGAGAAAGUAUGACAUCACUCGGACUUUCUCUCCACCCAAAAAGAUCUGGGAUGGAGGUGCAAAUGUGAGCUGGACAAUUGAGGAGUUAGCAACUCUUUUCAGUUCAGUUUCAGAGGAAUAGUGAGAGUUACAUGCUCUAUGUGCUACAAGGAAGUACGUUUUCUUGCUUGCAAAACUAAAACUGGCUUCAGAUCUCUGACAAUAUGAAAGUAAUUUGAAAGGAAAACGCAACCAUAGGAAGAAAGUUGAAAACAAGAUCUUUUCUUUUUGGCACAGAUUGUAACAGAAAUAUUUGACUUCUUUCCAUGGAACAGUACAACUUUUGGAUCUGAUGCACAUUUCUUUUAAUUUUCCUCCAAUCACAGUAAUUUAUUUAGAGUUAAAUGAAGAGAUCAAAGUGUGAAGCAAAUGAACACUACUUAAAGGUUUGGAAGGAUAUUUUGCUGUCACUGAAGGAAUGGACUUUUUGAACCUUCAUGGAAAAUGCAUCUUUUAAUACAAGAAGUAGCAAAGGAAAACUUGUGAUUGAAAUCUUAUAGAAAUUAGAUUUCAGUUUUACCUUUAAACUGAAAUAGACCAUGGAGAACUUAUCAUCUCUGCUCUCUUGUCAUUAUUCUCUGCUGAUUUUAUUUCAGUACAAAUAUCAGGUGUACGGAAACUAUUCCCAGUUACCCAAACACCCAGGGUUCAAAGUUCUCGCAUCAGCUUCCCACUACUGGCCAUUGGAAGAUGUGGAUGGAAUUCAUGAAUUUCGGGAUACAAAUGGAGCUCUAAGAAUCCACAACUUCACUGUGCUUCCUUCCCAUAACUCUACCUUUGUAUAUACCAAUGACUCUGCCUACUCUAACUUCUCUGCAACUGUAGAUAUUGUAGAAGGAAUGGUGAACAAAGGAAUUUACGUCACUGAAAAGAAGGGAGUUACCUUUCUCUUCUUUGGAAGCUAUCAAAAUUCUUGCAUUAGUAAUCCAGAAGUUUGUGGACCUGAAGGAGUAACAUUUUCCUUCUUCUGGAAGACUCAAGACCAACAGGCUAAGUUUCUCCCUGCCUCUGGUGGACAAGUAAUUUCCAGUGGUUUCAAAAUCUGUUCAAAUGAAGCUGAAGGCUCAGUGGAAUUUUACACCCGUGGAAAUGCUAUGAUGAAGUGGAAAGCAAGCUUUAGUCCACCAGGUCCUUACUGGACUCACAUUCUUUUUACUUGGAAAUCAAGGGACGGACUGAAAGUCUAUGUCAAUGGAACUCUAAACACAACAGAUCCCGAUGGGAAAGUUUUCUAUGAUUAUGGAGACCCCACUGCAAAUCUACUGACUGGAACAGAGGGGGAUCAGACCAAGCGCUAUGUGAAUGGGGCAUUUGAUGAAUUCAUUAUAUGGGAGAGGGCACUCACCCCCAAUGAAAUUGAGCAGUACUUCACAGCUGCUGUUGGUGUGCAAGUUCUGCUUUCUUCAACACUUCCAUGGUCUGUGAUGACAACCACUACAAAGCCUGUGCUCUCUACUAAUGCCUAUCGUCCCAUCAUAACAAAUCUCACUGAGGAGAGAGGGAACUUCCGCUCCCCUGACACCAUGCUGGCCUACCUGGAGAACAUGUCCUUCAGCUUGCCCAACAAAUCCUUGUCAGAAAGUACUGCUCUGAGCCUAACAGAGGCAUUUUUAAAAGUCAUAGAAGACUUUAUGUUAUUGCCCAACUGGAGUGAUGUACAAGAGACCUUUUACAUAUUUGGAAGUCUAAUUCAAACUAUUGACAGUGUGAUGGCUCAUAUGACAUGCAAUCUGGAUGAAAACUCCUUACCUUCAACUCUUGAGGGCACAUCAUCUGUGGCAGAUUACACCUUGAUCAAGACUCAUCCUCAGAUGCUGAAUUUGUCCCACUAUCGAUUUCCAUCUCGAGGACAGAGUUAUAUUUCCAUUCCCAGUGAAGCUUUUCAUGAAAAAGCUUGGAUUACCAUUGUUGGCCUGCUUUACCACAAUAUGCAUUAUUUCUUUCAUAAUAUCAACCCUAUGGAUACCAAGAUUGCUGAAGCUACUGCCUAUAAAGGUUAUAUGAUCUCAGCAGCGAGUUACCUUAUCUCUGUCAAAGUGGAACCUCUACCCAAGCUGUCCCACAGUCUGUCAGGAUCUCCUCUUAUUACCAUCCAGCUCACCCACAAAUUGACUCCCCGACAAUACAGCCAAGCACUAAAUAAGAGUAACAGAGUUCAUCUUUACUGUGCAUUUCUGGACUAUAGCAAUGGAACUGGUGUUUGGUCAAAUGAAGGUUGUGUGCGUGAAAGUGGGGACCUCAACUACUCAGUGUGUCUUUGUAACCACCUCACUAACUUCGCCAUUCUGAUGCAAGUGGUGCCUCUGAAGCUAACGAGAGAACACCAGGUGGCCCUCUCCUCCAUCACUUACAUUGGGUGUGCUCUGUCCAUCUUCUGCUUGACGAUCACGCUGGUCACAUUUGCUAUAUUGUCGUCUGUCAGCACCAUCCGCAACCAGCGCUAUCAUAUCCAUGCUAACCUCUCCUUUGCUGUCUUGGUGGCUCAGAUCCUGCUUCUCACCAGCUUUCAGUUCAGCCCUGGAACAGUGCCUUGCAAGAUCUUGGCCAUUCUCCUUCAUUUUUUCUUCCUGAGUGCUUUUGCAUGGAUGCUGGUGGAAGGAUUUCAUCUUUACAGUAUGGUGAUCAAAGUAUUUGGGUCAGAAGAGAGCAAGCACUUAUAUUAUUAUGGAAUUGGAUGGGGCUGCCCACUGGUGAUUUGUGUAAUUUCUACAUCAGCAUCCCUAGACAGCUAUGGAGAAAGUGGCAACUGCUGGCUUUCACUAGAGAAUGGAGCAAUCUGGGCUUUUGUGGCACCAGCGUUGUUUGUAAUUCUGGUCAAUAUUGGUAUUCUCAUUGCUGUCACAAGAGUUAUCUCAAGAAUCAGUGCAGACAACUACAAGGUCCAUGGAGAUGCCAAUGCCUUCAAGCUAACAGCUAAAGCUGUCGCUGUUCUCUUACCGAUCUUGGGAAGCUCGUGGAUCUUUGGGGUUUUGGCCGUCAAUGCCCAUGCAUUAGUAUUUCAGUAUAUAUUUGCUGUUUUCAAUUCAUUACAAGGAUUUUUCAUGUUCCUGUUUCACUGUCUUCUGAAUUCAGAGGUUAGAGCUGCCUUUAAGCACAAAACCAAGGUCUGGUCCCUUACCAGUAGCUCAACGCGCAACGUCAAUGUGAAACCCUUCAACUCGGACAUUAUGACUGGGAACAGGCCAGGCACAACCCCCACAAAGCUGAACACCUGGGAUAAAAGCACCAAUUCAGGCAACCGCAUUGAUCUAUCAGCAGUCUGACAGUAAUACCAGCUUCUAAGUGAAAAAUCAAGCCAUACAUUCAGGACCUCUGACACGGAAUCCACCAGUUUUUCUUCACUGUUGAUACCAGUAGAAAACUGCUUUUUUGAUCACUGCCUAACAAAUUGGAAAUUGCCAUAUUGUUUUGUUGAGUAAAUAGCCCUCAUCUGCUUGCCUUCAAACUGUAACGCCUUCUACCACUUGGCUAUUAGCAACAGAUGUAAUAAUAGCUAGCACAGAAAUACACUGGAUGGUUUUGACAGCAACAAUGAAAACACUAGGUAUGCAAAAAGGGCUUACUGCUAUCUGCAUCAUUCCAGCUCCCAGAACAGAGGAAAGGCAACAUACCUCUGGAAAGGUGAAUUUUUAUGCUUUAAAAUGAAAUGCUUCUCAUUGUGAUGUUGUAAUGGGGCUAUUCUGGUCUUGCUGUGCACUCUGUUUACAUUUAUUGCCUUACAGAAUCCAAUUAUCAAAGUGGAAGCUUAUUCAAAAUA